AUGGUAUAUACGCAGCCGGAAAGUGCUCUUAAACGAGCUGAUGAAUUAAUUGCAAUUGGAAAAAGGCAACGUGCUUUGGAAAUACUUAUUGAUGUUAUCAAAUCACGUCGAAAUCGAACUUGGACGAAAACGCAUGAAGUGCUGAUGCGAGCACUUCUUGAACUGUGCGUUGAAUUAAAAAAUAGUGCAAGUGCCAAAGAUGCUCUUCAUCAAUACAAAACAAUCGCACAAACAGUUUCUGUAAAAUCACUUGAAGAUGUCAUCGUGAACUUUCUUACUCAAGGUGAACAACGUUGUUCACAAGCUCGUCGGGACGCGAAAAACGCAACUGUUGAUAUCGACGAUCUCGAAUAUCUCCAAACACCAGAAAGCCUUCUGCUCAGUGCUGUGAGUGGUGAAUCACAACAAGAUCGUACCGAUAGUGAUAUGCUUGCCCCGUGGCUAAAAUUCGUUUGGGAUUCAUAUAGACAGUGCUUGGAUCUGUUGAAAAACAACAAUCGAGUAGACAAAAUCUACCAAGAUGUAGCCCAGAUGGGUUUUCGUUUUUGUCAACGAUACAAUCGCCGUUCCGAAUUCCGCAAAUUAUGCGACACAAUACGAACACAUUUUACUCAAUCGCAGAAAUAUUCUCAACAAAUUUACAGUGUCAAUUUUCAAUUACCAGAAACUCAAGCUCUACAUGUAGAAACACGUUUAACACAACUUGAUACAGCUAUCGAAAUGGAAUUAUGGCAGGAAGCAUUCAAAGCUAUCGAAGAUAUUCAUCACCUGACAACAAUAUCGAAGAAACCGUUUCGACCACAACAAGUAGCAACUUAUUACAGUAAAGUAGCAUUGGUCUUCUGGAAGGCAGAGAACUAUAUUUUUCAUGCGACAACUCUUUUGAAAUUAUACGUUUUACACAAAGAACAAAAGAAGAAUAUCACUCAUGCUGAAUUGACACGUUUAGCAACAAAGGCUUUAUUGGCUAUCCUAUCAAUUCCAUUACCAACACCGCGUACACUAAUCGACGAACAUCUAGAUGUCGAAGAAAACAUCAAUGAGAAGCAAAAACGCAUGGCAAAUUUGUUAGCCUUGCAACAAGUACCGACACGUGCAAGUCUUAUACGUGAUAUGAUCAAACAAGGUGUUCUGAAUUUUGUUCAUCCAGAACUCCAGGACACGUACCAAUGGUUAGAAGUAGAAUUCAAUCCAUUAAAUUUAUCAUCCAAAGUCGAGGAAGGUAUUGAAUUUAUUGAAAAACUUGCGCAACCGGAGUAUUCUCAAUACAUGUCGGCAUUGCGUGAUGUGACUGUUAUUCGUUUGCUCCAACAAGUUUCUCAAGUUUAUCAAACGAUCUCAUUGAAGCGCUUUGUUAGUCUUGCACCAGCAAUGGAUAAACAUCGUUUAGAAAGGAUUAUCGUCAAUGCCGCGCGAAAUAACGAUGUUCAAGUUCGUAUUGAGCAUAAAUUACAAGCCUUAACAUUCGGUACUGAUUUAAAUGUCUCGACUAGUCGAUCGGCAGAUACUCAUGCAGGUUCAAAAGCGAAUAUUCUACAAAAGAUGCCUAAUGAACAGAUUCGCAAUCAGUUGAUGACCAUGUCGCAUGCUUUACAUUUGUGUAUGGAAAUAGUCAAUGAAAAAUCGUAUAAAGAAAGCAGUGACAAACUACGACGCCAAAUCGCACAAACAUAUGCGCGAGACGAACCUAAUCAACAUCGAGAAAUCUUGAAACGAAGAGAACUGAUUGAACGAUACAAAGAAGAUAAAGAAAAUGAGAAUCGAAACAAGGUAAAACAAGCAGAGAUUUACUCGAAAACACAAAAAACGGUACGCGAUGAAGAAGAAAAACUUCGACGUGAAGAUGAACUCAAACGGCAAAUGCAACAAGCUGCUGAUGAGAAAGCCAAAGAAGAACAACGUUUCGUCAUGAAAAUGGCCAUAGACAAAUUACGUGCAACGGAAAUUGGUCGAAAAAUCAUCGACGUCAUCGGCGAAGAAAAUCUUUCUAGUUGCGAACCAAGCGAACUUGAUGAAUUGCAUUUGAAACAUGUUAUUAAUCAUAGUCGCGAGCAGAAAGAAAAGUUAAGAGCUCAAUUCAAAAAAGUUGAUUAUUUUGUCCGAGCGUUGCAUGAAGCUGAAGUUCCAUUGUUGCAAGAACAAGCUGAAAAAGAAGUUAAAUGGCGACAAGAAAUUCUACGAACAGAAUAUGAACGCGCGAUUGAAAAAUACAGAUGCCUGGCGCGAAUGAAAGAAGAUAAAAAUGAGUUCGUUGAAUCGAUUCGUGGACAACGACAUGACGAGUUUGUACAACGUAAGAAAGAAUUCAAUGAACGUUUGCAAGUGGCUCGCGAACAGCGAUUGAAACAAUUGCGUGAAGAAUACGUUGAAAAGAAAAAACAAGAAUUUCGAAAGAAAAGAGAAUUGAAUCAGCAACAAAAACUAGAUGAAGAAUAUCGACGUAAAGAGGAAGAACGAGUACGAAAACAACGUCAGGCCGAUGAAGAACGAAAUAAAAUCUUAGCUGAACAAGCGAGGAAACAACGAGAAGUUGAGGAAAAAAUCGAAAGACAACUACGAGGUGGAACAGAAACGGCAGAACCAAUUACAACGGCUAACACUGACACUCGACAAGAUCGACCGACGACUAGCAAUUAUCAACAGGAUAAAACUGAGAACCGAUGGCAUCGCAAUGUUCGUGAAAGGGGUGAUAAUCCACCAUCACAAACUAGUUCUUCGGAUAGUUGGAGUGCGCAACGAAACGAUGAGCAACGUCAACGCAAUUUUGGUGAUCGACGUGCUGAGGAUGUAUCGAAUACGAAAGGUUCGUCCAAUGAGCCAUGGCGACCACGAGCAAGACCGGAUCAACAGUAUCGUGACGAUCGAUUUGAUGAUCGACGAGAUGACAGAAGAGAUGAUCGGCGAGGAUAUUCUUCGCAACAAAAUAAAUCAUCAUUUGGAUCAUCAUCAGAGCGAUGGACAAAAAGAAACACUGAAUCAUCGAAUAGUUGGCAAACAGUCGAGAAACGUCGUCCUAAUCCUCCUCACACUAACAAUGAUCGUCCGUCGCAACAACGUUCGGAAGAAUCGUCUACUAGCGGAAGAGCUUGGCAACCAAAAACACGUGUGCCUAACGAACAAAGAGAUGAACCACGAGAUAGUGGCCGUAGUGGUGCAUCUUCAUACAGUAAUCGAUCUCGUGCGGAUGACAAUAAUGAUUGGCGCUCUCGUGAAAAAACUCGUCUCGACAGUUGGCGUGGUAAUGAGGAAGACGAGAAUGGAAGUGAUCGUCCUCGUCCUAGUGGUGAUACACUCUCGAACGAGGGACAAAACAAUAAUCGUCGUCCUGAAAGUGGUUUCGGAGGCGAUCGUCGUGAGCAAUAUCGAAAACCCGGUGGCGGUAAUCGAGAGUAA